AUGUCGUAAACUGAUAGUCAUGCGCGUGGGGCGUGCAAAGGUAAUCGGCGUCUUGUUGUAUCUGACCGUCAUGUCCUCUCGACGCUCUCUCUCCCUUGAGUCUGUGAGCAGCAUGCAAUCCAUCGACACCGUGCAGUCAAUUGACAGCGCUGGCAUCCACGACGAUGUGCCGUUCAUGGCCGGCAAAAAGACGUCUUCUAAUGAACAAGGAGUCGAAGUCAACCCCCGCAAACCUGCGAGCGACGGCUCAGUCUCCUCUUGCGAGCCAAUACGGACGGCUACCGCGCCCGCAAGCUCUCCUCCGCUCGUCGUCAACAAGAACGAAUCCGAACAAGAGCCUGUGAAGACGAAGACUCAUCCUCGGUUCUUCUUAGACCCGAGGACUGUGGACUUUGUACUCGACGACGGAACCCUCUACCGUGUCUUCCGCUACUUCUUCGAUCUCCAUAGCCCCGAAUUCGUCGCCAACCACCUUUCGAAUGACUCGAGCGACCCCAUCCAGCUUUCUGGCGUUUCCGGCGUCGACUUCGACAGGUUCUUGUCCUUGAUGUAUCCGAGCGAACUCGCUGGCUGCGACAUCGAGACGCCCAGCGAAUGGAUCUCUGUCCUUCGCCUCGCGAACAAGUGGUCUUUCCCCGCCCUCCGCGCCCGCGCCAUCAAAGAGAUCGAGCGGAUCGGAAGCGUUGUCGACAAAAUAUGCGUAGCAAGAGAGUUCGGCGGCUUAGGACACGACGAUAUGCACCCGCCCGAGGACGACCUCAAUGCCUUGCAGCAGUGGCUCUUGCCCGCCUUCACGGAGGCUUGUACCACUCCGAAGUGGCUUGCGUCGGUCAGUCUUGACGAUGCCGAGCGCUUGGGAGCGGGAACUGUCCUACAAGUCGCGAGGAUCAGGGAGGAGUCGAGGGAUGCAAGCGCGGGAAAGUUUGACGUAGUGACCGCGAUUGUUGAGGCGGGAAUGGCGCCGAGGAAGACGAAGAUAUCUAUCAAAGCGAAGCCGUCCAUAUCCGUACCCAACCCAGCCACGUCCAUCUCGCAGGCGAUGUGCGCGCCCCUGUCGGGUACUGUCAAGCCAGCGCCCGCGGUCCGUACUUGGGGCGACCUCUUCGAAAGAGCAUUCGAAGGGCCAGUGAGGGCCCAGCCGCACGCGUCACCUAUAAACAACAUACUGGUAUCCGACGACAAGCCUACGCCUGCGGCAGUUCCUCCUGUGAUCGCGAGCCCUAACCCCGCUGCCUCUGGGGUUCGACCACGAUCUGCUCGCGCCAGCGACAGCGCUACGGGCCCGGAAGAGCCUUCGACCAUCACUGUAUCACGAACCAAGUGGAUUGACACACUACUGGCUCUUGAGUCGUAUGGCAUAUUGGAUGCGGGUCUUGCGCCUAUAUCAGAGUCGUCGAUGAACCCCCACAAAACGUCGGCGGCAACGAAAGACGCUCCUGCCACUCGCCCCUCGCCGUCAUCGUCACUUGAACCGGGCGAAGAUCCUGUGGAAUCUGCUCAAUUCACUGAAUCCGAAAAUCCUACCGCGUCUCGCGCACAUCUGCACGAGCUGCUGACCGGCGAGAAACCGCUCUCCAAGAGUCAGAUGAAGAAACAGCUUCGGGCAGCGCGAUCAUUGGAGGCAGAUAGGCAGGCAAAGUAUCAGAGGUAGAGAACUCAUUACGAAAUGGAGUGUCUGUAAAAUUAGUUGCAGCGACGGUUGGUCCCUGGGCUUUUGACCAUUUGCUUGGAAUUGUUUGGUCCCGAAUCGGAUCUUGCCGGAUUGGAGUGAAAUGAUUGUACCGUGUACGACUGUCGAUUUCUGAAGUCUCUCGUUCCGAACUACUCACUCCUGUGACGGUUUCGCGCAGAAACCAUUCGCUU